AGAGCGGCGAACGAGGGCGUCGGCCAUUUUGUGUCUGUUUCCUGUGGGACGCGGUGGUGGCCGUUGGGUCGGAAGAGUGAGCGAUUUUUGCCUCGUUUUUCCUGUUAGUUUUCUCCCCCUUUCACUUUGUCGGUAGAGCGCAGUUAUGGGUCGCAAGAAGAAGAAGCAGCUGAAGCCGUGGUGCUGGUAUUGUAAUAGAGAUUUUGAUGAUGAGAAGAUCCUUAUACAGCACCAAAAAGCAAAACAUUUUAAAUGCCAUAUAUGUCAUAAGAAAUUGUACACAGGACCUGGCUUAGCUAUUCAUUGCAUGCAGGUGCAUAAAGAGACAAUAGAUGCUGUACCAAAUGCAAUACCUGGGAGAACAGACAUAGAAUUGGAAAUAUAUGGUAUGGAAGGUAUUCCAGAAAAAGACAUGGAUGAAAGAAGACGACUUCUUGAACAGAAAACGCAAGAGAGUCAAAAAAAGAAGCAACAAGAUGAUUCUGAUGAAUAUGAUGAUGAUGACUCUGCAGCUUCAACUUCAUUUCAGCCACAGCCUGUUCAACCUCAGCAAGGUUAUAUCCCCCCAAUGGCACAGCCAGGACUGCCGCCAGUCCCGGGAGCACCAGGAAUGCCUCCAGGCAUACCUCCAUUAAUGCCGGGUGUUCCUCCUCUGAUGCCAGGAAUGCCACCAGUUAUGCCAGGCAUGCCACCUGGAUUGCAUCAUCAGAGAAAAUACACCCAGUCAUUUUGCGGUGAAAACAUAAUGAUGCCAAUGGGUGGAAUGAUGCCACCUGGACCAGGAAUACCACCUCUGAUGCCUGGUAUGCCACCAGGUAUGCCCCCUCCUGUUCCCCGUCCAGGAAUUCCUCCAAUGACUCAAGCACAGGCUGUUUCAGCGCCAGGCAUUCUUAAUAGACCACCUGCACCGACAGCAACAGUUCCUGCUCCACAGCCUCCAGUUACUAAGCCUCUUUUCCCCAGUGCUGGACAGAUGGGGACACCUGUAACAAGCUCAAGUACAGCUUCAUCCAAUUCAGAAAGUCUGUCUGCAUCUUCUAAAGCUCUGUUUCCUAGCACAGCACAAGCUCAGGCAGCUGUCCAAGGACCUGUUGGUACAGAUUUCAAGCCUUUAAAUAGUACCCCUGCAACAACUACAGAACCCCCAAAGCCUACAUUCCCUGCUUAUACACAGUCUACAGCUUCAACCACUAGUACAACAAAUAGCACUGCAGCUAAACCAGCAGCUUCAAUAACAAGUAAGCCUGCUACACUUACAACAACCAGUGCAACCAGUAAGUUGAUCCAUCCAGAUGAGGAUAUAUCACUGGAAGAGAGAAGGGCACAGUUACCUAAAUACCAACGUAAUCUUCCUCGACCAGGACAGGCUCCCAUUGGUAAUCCACCAGUUGGACCUAUUGGAGGUAUGAUGCCACCACAGCCAGGCAUCCCACAGCAACAAGGAAUGAGACCCCCAAUGCCGCCUCAUGGUCAGUAUGGUGGUCAUCAUCAAGGCAUGCCAGGUUACCUUCCUGGUGCUAUGCCACCGUAUGGGCAGGGACCGCCAAUGGUACCCCCUUACCAAGGUGGGCCUCCUCGACCUCCGAUGGGAAUGAGACCUCCUGUAAUGUCGCAAGGUGGCCGUUACUGAUCUUACUUCAUCCAAUCUAAUAGGUUUGGAGAUUAAACCUUUUCUCAACUUGUGCUGUUUAUAUAGCCAAGCUUCCGUCAAUAAGGCUUCAUUGUGACUUUAACAAACAUUAUCUUCCCACAUACCAGGAACUAUUGGACAUUUAUUUUACAUGGGAAAAAUUAUUUGGAAUAAUAAAGCAGGAACUUUUCCUGAAGUUGCAAUUUAUACUGUAUGGCUUCUUUUUCAUGUUUCAUCUAGGUUUUUAGAAGUGAAGUAUAGUAAAUUUGGUUCGUUAUAUUGUGAAGGCGCUGGAAUUACAUGAACAUACCACCUUAAUAAAGGCAAGUUCUGUAAGCUUACAUUGCUAUUUGUAAAGUUAUGCCUUCACAGCAUUUCAGAUGCUGUUGGACUUCAUGUCCCCAACCUAGCUUGGUGAGGGCUGUAACUGUUUCCGAGACCUGUACAUUGGAAGUCUGAAUGUAUAACAAUAUUUAAUGUAUUUAGAGUUCCUCAUGUUGCAGGGUUUAAGAAAUCUGACCCACCAAGGUCAUGUGACUUUUCUGUACUGUUAAACUUCAUUGUAAUAAAAUGAGAGAAAAACUUAUGCCUUUUUAUUCAUAACCCAGCUGUGGACCACUGCCUGAAAGGUUUGUACAGAUGCAUGCCACAGUAGAUGUCCACAAAAUAAAAUUCAUAGUUACCAAUACAGUUUUGAUACAUCAUUGGAUUCUGUCUUUGAAUUGUAGGCUGUUCCUUAGCUGCAUGUUUUAAACUGGACAGUAUGUAUAGACUUGUAUGUUAGUGCUUAAGUUGACAGAAAAACUUAGUUACAUACGAGCCAUUACAUAGUGAGUAUGAAAUCUUUAUAUUGUGUCACCUUUCCACGCCCUUGGUGUCACUACAUGUUAGAUGUCCUAGAUAUUUAAAACGUAACUUUAGUGUGCCCUCUUUCCUGCUGAUGAGGUUUAGAGCCUAGUGCCAGACCCAUUCGUUUCCUUCUGAUUAUUUUUGAGACUGCAGUACUGUGUGGACCUCAGAAGCUUUUCAGGUGCAAACUUCUAGAAGCUUAGGUGCAUGCAGUUAAGAGUUUUUUGUGUUUGUUUUGUUUUGUUUUGUUUUGUUUUUUACUGUUAACAGAUUGGAAUCUUUUCUAAGUGUAAUGCCAAAUCUGAAUGUGCCUCUGUUAGGAUGGUUAACAGAUGGAUACAAAAUUUUUUAUUAUGUUCCUGGAAAAUUACAUUAUUUCUUUGAUUAGAUGGUUAUCUUCUGUUAUUUAGCCUAAAUGGCUUCCCUAUUAACCUUUUCAUCUUGGAAAUUUGAACGUUACUAUGUCCUGUGAAGAACUUUUUUGUAGAGGUGACUGCUAUUCAUAUCUUGUAUUGCACGUCUCGUACAGUAAUACCUCUUGUUGACUUUUUGGCAUCCAUUUUUAAAAAUCUUUUGCAAGGCAGUUUCGUGGUUAUUUAAAGUAUCAAGUGAUCUGUACAAAGCAUAAUUAUUAAUACGAUGAACUCAAGUUGAGUUUUUCUCAACCUAAAGUUAAGACUUAAAAUGGUGAUAAGUCUUUAUAACCUAUAUAUGAACGUAUAGAUAUGACCCGAAAUCAGAGUUUUUGUCUUUGAAAAAAAGUUUUAACCUUGUAAGAAGAUGUUGAAAACUGUUUUAAUCAUAAGAGUCUGUAUUUAAGUGACAACUAGAAGAGAUUGAUUUAAACAAAACCUACAAAUAUCUACAAAGCUGAGUGCUAAUUUAAAUCACACAUUUUGCUCCAGUGAAAUGUUUUAUAGCUUUUUUCUUAUGAUACCAUUGAGGUUCAAAAAUUCAUAGCUUGAAAAGGCAACGUCCAUGUAUCACCGAGAAUGCAUUUGUUCCGUCUGCCAGCAGUGAAGCCCCAUACUUUUUCUCUCACCUGCCUACUAAGUAGUUGUGGGAUUAAUACAUAUUUCUUAGAUUUGGCAGCACGUUUAUCAUACUGCCAAAGAAGAACCGGUGUUGAAAAUUUGUAAGGUAAAAAGGGCAUGAUUAAAUUUAGAAUGAUUAAAUAGGAAAUGUUUUCCCAAACCACGUCUCAAGCAUUUCAUGUACAGGUUUAUCAGCAAAAUACAAAUGGGUUAGUAAUGUUUCAGAACUUUUACAAAGUUUUAUUUACAUUUAAUGCAAAGAUGAUAUAUUUUAUGCCAAGGUUUGUUGCUUUCUGAAGACUGAAGGGAGAAGAUACCAGUACUUUUAAAUAAGUGGUAGAAUUUUAAUUAAAAGUUAAUCCAAAGUGUUACGCAUGGCACUAAAGCACACCGUCUUCCUGUGUCGUGUUAGGUAUAUAUAGCUGAAGUGGUGCCCAUUUUGGUAUUAUUUAUAGUGUAAUUUGUGCAUGCAUCAGCAUAAUUAAGCUUCUAGAAAAUACCUUUUACCUAACUGCUUCUGGGGUCCAUAGUGUGGUUAAAACAUGAGUGUAACAAAUCAUGUUGAAAUAACUCUUACUUUGACUUACGCUGCUUUUAAGUAAUAGGUGGGGUUGAGUUGAAGUAAACUAUCUGCCUUCACAGAAGACAACCUUUAGGACUUGUUACAUUCAGGCAGGCAUUGUAAUUGCCAUAAUUUAGGAAGUUGUAAGAUUAGUGGGACUGCAAACGUUGGCUGUCCCUUCGUCCACUCCUAUAUCCUCCUUUUUUAAAAAAAACAAAGUGACUUAACGUUUUGUCUGGCACUAGUUUCUAUUGUGUGUAGAUUUUACCUAACUGUAUGACAGAACAAGACCAGCAGGUGAGGAUCAACUUUUGAAUGGCUGCUGGAAUUCUCAUUUAAUCUGAGUACUUCUAUAUUUUAGUAAUAAUCUCAGACAUUUUCCAUUAGGAGUGGGGAAAAUACUCUUCGUGUACUCCUGUUCCACUGAUCGAGUUAUAUAUUGAGCGUAAACUCAGCUUAAUUGAACUUAGUUAUUUGGGGGGAGAUCCCCAACAAAAAUAAGUAUGGGUUCAGAGUGGAAUUAUAGCAGACAUAGCUUUUUUUAAAAAAAAAAGCUGCUCUUUUUUCCUUUGCUUGCUUGAUCAUGGGGAUUUUUUUUUUUUAAUGCAUGUCUUUUAAAUUAAUUGGGUAAUGUUUUUCUAAAAUUAAAAUUUUCUUCUUCCUAUAGCCCUGCCAUAGGACAGGCUGAGGCUGAGUCUCAGUGUUGCCCUGUUCAGUCUGAGGCAAGUGGGAUUUAUUUUAUUCCUUAUAGGGGCUUUCACAGCUUUAUGGCUGUUGGAUAUUUAUGUCCCCAAACUUGCAGCAAGUUUGGUGAAGGCCCCUAAAUUUAAUUAAACUUAGGAUUUUUAUACUCUUUUGGCAGAGAAGGCUCUAUAUUAAUAUUCACGUUUGACUGUGGUGUUAAUAAACAUAAAUAAAAAUAUUUGAUAUAUGUAAUUUACUUUGUGUUAACAGCCUCAGUAAAGCUGGUAUUGCUAUAUUGAACUUUAGUAAAUUAACAAAAUUUGACGGUUUUGAUUUGGAGGCAUGAAAUGUUUCGUUCAAAUUUUCCACUUUCACUUUUAGGAAAAACUUGUCAUUUUCUUCCCAAACUGUUAAAUUUAACCUCAUGGAUAAGUUUGAUCAUUGGAAAUGCCACUGGUUACCGAAAUCUGCAUUCUUAAUCCCAAAGUCAAUGCUUUGAACAUUAAGGUUGAAAGGUCAUGUGGAAAUGCUUGUGAUUUUUUUUUUAAUAUUUUCAUACUUCACCACAUUAGAGCAAAUGUUAAUGUAGAGCCCUGUGAAAGGUGGGAAGGUGGUGUGUGUGUGUGUGUGUGUGUGUGGUAUGUAUGCAUAUACACUACACAUUGAUAAAAGUAGUACAGACCUGUCAGUAUGGGUAGAUUACUAUUUUUUAAGUAGCUAAACUGAAAUUGAAUCAUGUGGUAAAGUUAGUACAUUGAACUGUGGUUUUGGAACAGUCAUUUUGAGGUUCAUUUUCAACCUUAGUGAAUGAUAUUUUAUGCAAUAUGCACACAUUAAAAGUAUCCACAUUUGUUCCCAACUAAAAUUUGCUUAUAUUUGGUGAGAAACAUGUUUAUGUGUGUAUGUUGUGGGCGUAAGAAGGAACUGGAAGAGAGGCCAAAACAUGAACCUGGAUUACUUUUCGUUCUUUCCUGUGUUUAAGCAACUGUUCUAUCCAGAUAGCAUUUUCUUUCAAACAGUAACAGCAUAUAGUACAAUGUUUAGCUAACCCAGGAUUGUUUUCCUUGUGGUUUUAAUUCUUGGAAGCAUAAAGAAAAAUUACUCAUUACGUGAAUUCCAAAUUUUCAGUGUGUAAUUAGAAUAUAUGAUUUUUCUCUGUAACUGAAUCAUGGAAAAAAGAGUUUAAUGUUUGAAGAAAAUUUUGUUACAACAAAAGAAUACAUUCAUACCUUUGUUCAGUAAUUACACCUUUUACAUCUUCUUAACUGGAGAUGUUUUCUGUUGCAUCCACCAUCCCCCAGUAUAGUGAAAUGUUCGAGUGAGGCUGCUGCUUGUGCUAAUCUAAUAGUGAUAGUUGAAAUAAUUAUAAUUGAAAUAGGCUCUUACAUACUUGACUUCUGGGAGUUGGAGGGUCUCAGGGUGGCAUAAAUUGUUGAAGUUAGUUUUCUUAAUAUCUCUGAAGUAUGAUUUUGAGAAUUACAUAACUUUCAGGUGUCUAUUACUUCCACUGGUAAACUUGGUAAAUGAAAGGAAGAAAUGUGAUAAAAUUUUGUUUUGAGUAAACUGAUACUUGUAUUGGUUAGGGGAUAUAAAGAAUAUUUAAAAUACAAAAUUUUUGUAUAAAUCAGGUAUGUCUUUUUAAAGAGGCAGUAUUUAUCUGCCUAAUAUUAAGUAACCUUUGUGUGUUAUUUCAAAACAAAAUCGGUUUUCUCUUACUGUAACUUUUAUGGAAAAGUCUUCUAAAAGGAGAGCUUCAGUUAUAAGACUAUUGACUCUGAGGCAGUUUUGUAAGUAAACAUUCCCCUAGUUACACUUCUGCUUGCUAUCUCAUGACUUGAAUAUUAGUGAAGGUUUUUUUUUUUUUUUUUAACCCUUUCUUUAUUUUCUGUCAUCUGAAUCACUUUAAUAAAUGACUUUUUUUUUCCUAGCGUAGAAACCCUCUCUGUGCUAUUUCUUGGCAAAAUAAUAAACAGUUACUUUAAUGAUGUUGUGUAUAGUGUUAUGCACAUAGUGGAUAUUCACAAUUUUGUGAUUAAUGUUGAGUUUUCAGAACAGUACUUUUAAUAUCUUGCUCUUAGGCAACCCCUAUUAUGGAUCUAAAUCAAACUAUUGUGUAGGAAAUGGGGAAAGCGGGAUUUCAGUUUGAGCACCCUAAUACUUGAAAUAUCUCCAACUUUACCCCAGUGUUUUCAUGUUCUUACUUGGCAUUUUUGUUGAGAAAUAAUCAGCUUGAAAGUUGCAAUUUUUUUAAAAGAUUUCUUCAGUAAAAUUCAGGAGAAUUUCUUCUUCUAAGCAUUGUUUUUUUGUUGUUGUUCUGAGCUCUAUACAUUCUCGCAUAAUAAUUUGGCCAUAAAGGGAAGAGCCUUUCAUUUUCUAACCCUGGAAAAAUAAUAUCUUGAAAUAAUAUAUUAAUUUGAAUUUUUUAAACAAUCUCUCUUUAAAUCUGUUCAAUUAAUCUUACAUAUCUUCGGGAAAAUAUCUUUAUUUUACUAAAGCAGGAUGUAGAAGUCAUAUUAAGGCAGAAAUUGAAGAUCUAAAGGAGCUCUUCACUGAAGCUAAUUUGAACUAUUUCUGUUUGAAGCAAAUUGAAUACUGUUACUAUAAAUCAAGACUGGUUCCUGGUUAGGUUCUUUAGAAGGCAUAUAAUCAGCUAUAUUAGAAUAUGUUUGUGUGUAUGUUUUAAUUUUGAUCAAAUUAACUACAGAGAAGAUACAUGUGAGUAAACUAUUUAAAUGAUUGAUAACUUGGACCCCAUCCAUUAAUUCUAAAUGCUGUAAUGGUGUGUAAGGUUGUAUUAUGGCACAGCUUCAGUAAUAUGCUGUGUGUUUGGUCAGGGGUUUGUGUAAUGCUGUGUUUGUAAAGAGGGAAAGGCCUUUUUUGGAAUUCUCCUGGCCCUUUGGCAUUCUUACUGUGUCUGAGUUUUAUUGUUUUGUUUUGUUUUGUUUUUAAGCAUUAUUGUAUUUAAAGAAUCUGUAUGCCUUCGCUUUGGGUUAAAUUUGAGGAACUGGCAGCGAAAAUUAUUGAUGCUCAACUUUGAUAAAAAUGAAGAAUGAUGUUCAUACAGACCAGUAUUAUUUGGGGGAGAGGUCUAAUUAUAUAGUGUUAUUAGGCUUAAGAACCUUAAAUGUAGUGAAAGUUAACAGCCCUCCUGGUUUGCAUUUGUGAUUAAGGUUUCAUCGAAUCCUUUAUUCCAGUGUAGCUUAUUCUUAACAUUUUAUUCCUAAAUGCUUGAGCAAUCAGAUGAAAAUAAAACAUGCAGCAUCAUUUCCUGUCUCUACUAAUAAAACAAGGCUGCUUAAUCACCCAAGUGAGCCAAGGGAAGAGUUACUGAAGUUUCUGUAGGUUUGAGUUAGAAUAAUAUGGGGUGUGUAUUUAUUGAGCAAAGCCUUCCUUUUAGUUAGUAGUUUGUUAGUAUACUUCGAGGAGAAACAAUAGGUUUACUUUUCAGCCCAUGUUUUAAAUCCACAAUCUCUAAUAAAAUGAAAUCAAGUAUUUUGAAAAUUGAAUUUUAAACUAAUAAAAGUUGCUUUCCUCUGUUCGAGUAUGUCUACACACACUUAAAUUUAGAAAUUACCAUGUUGAGAUUUUUUCCCCCCAAGUCUAUGCCCCCCCUUUUUUAGAGUAACCAAAACUUCCACAUAUACAUAUCGGAAUACAUAGUUUAUUAAAAGCGAGGUAUGUCCAAUAGAUACACAGUGUUUUAAAGUCAUUCUCAUAAAGUCACUCUAAAUAAAGAGCCAAUGUAAGGUUACUUUUGUAAGACUUGGGGAAAAAGUUUAAAAUGUAUUAAUGUCAGGCUCUGAGGAAAUUUAAUGCACAUUGACUUUUUAAAACUAUGGAUUGAACUCCUCAGUUUAAUACAAUUUGUGUUUUUGUUAACUAGCAGCAGAAUUUCAGCAUUUGCUACUUACUGGUAGAGAAGAAAAAUCCCACAGCCCUGCCAGUACAGGUUAGUUUAAUCUGUAAGUACCUGAUGUUCCUAUUUUUUUCAAACAUAUCCAUAUAACCCACACAAGGAAGAAAGCUGUGCAGUUACUUAAAUGUGAGUAUAACUAAUAAUAGAUCCAUUGGACACUUUUAAACACUCAGUUCUUGGGCCAAAGUAGCUCUAGGUUUGCUAAUAACCUCAGUUGUAAGAGAGGUGUAUUACUGCUCCUUUAUAUCUGGUUGUGGUUGACCCUAAAUAAAUACAUUGUACAUAAAAGGAAAAGACGGUGAAAGUUUCAAUUGGCUAUACACACGUGUUGGCAUGUGAUCUGGAGUGCAGGGCUUUGGGUCCAGGCUCUAUUGAAGCCACUCUCAUGGUGGUUACUCAUACUUACCUUUUAACUUUUUACAGUAUGAAUCAACCUAAGAAAAAAGUCAAGUUUCCUUACCUCUAGCAGUGAUAAAUGGUGUGCAGUCAUAAGCUAGAAAAUGUUUUCAUACUGUGUAUUUUGUUAAAUGUUUGUAGUAGCUCUUGCUGUAAAUAAGUACUAAUUUUGUUCACCUUUUUUUGUAAACUAUAACUAUUCUGUUGUUGCACCACCACUGUGGGCUCAUUUUACUUUGAAUUAAGAAUAACAAAACUUUUUAAUAUUCAAAUGAAAACUGACUACCCAUCAAGAAACCUAGACAAAUUCCUUGUAUGUUCCUUUUGAGGGGCAGUAAGGUCAUAAUGGCUUGUAAAAAACAUGUUAAGGUUUUUAUUACUGUCAUUGGUUCUAUCAGAAUUCAUUGUUGUCUUGAACCAUCUUUGAGAGUUUCCUUUAACCUUUAAAUAUUAUGCUUUUGUGUUGCUAAAAAUUUUAAAUGCAAAGGUAGAAAGAAUAAAGCAUACAGUUUGGUUUGCACAAGCCUGAACCAUCCUUCAACUCUGUAGCAUUGACUAGGAUGCAUGGCUACCUCCUUUACACCCUAAGUGUAAUGAUGUCUAAUUUGAGAACAUCUAUCCAUAAAACUAGUUGAUCUUUUAUUCCUAUUAAUUGGGGGUGGUGAUUAGCCACUGAAAACAGACCAUCUUAGUGUUAUUUUGUUUGAAAGUCAUGCAUUUAGUUAAUUAAAAAUCUCACUAUAUCAACUGAUAAUAAAAUUUUAAGAUAUCCACUUGUUUUUUUAAUAUAAAAUUGCCUAAGGGCUUAAGUUUCAUUGCCUUUCACAGUUUAAUCUGUAUAAGAAAUGGCGUAGAUACAGUGGAAAUGGUUUUCCUUAAAACCAUCUCUAUAAAGCUGCCUUUCUGGUGAGUACUAUUUUAUACUUAUAUGUCACAGUUUUUCCUUUUAAGUUUAACUGAAAUGGGAUACUGAUCAAAGAAGUGAGCGGUCUGAAUUUGUACACUCUUUAGAUAAUAUCUGAAUCAGAAAUGUAUUUUAUUUAAAAGUUGACUAUUUCACUUCCUGACAUUUCCCUAAUAAUCCAGGAUCACUUUCUGACUUUGACUUAACAGACUAACUGGAAAACCUAUUAACAUAUAAAUUGUUUCCUUUUAGUGAGAUGGAAAAAAUGUUUUUAUUCAGAAUUAUCUAGUAUUUUUACAAAUAUUAAGAUUUUCCUUUUAGCUAACAACCGAAAGUGUUUUCUCAAUGCUUUCACUUCCCACACUGCAUAGGUAUAAAAGUUAAAUAGCAGAAUUUGUUCUCCGUGAAGCCGUUGUUGCAGUGAUUCAUGAGCUAUUAAAGCCAAGGGUAGGGUUGAAGAAGGACUUGCCUGAAAUGUUCCUGCAGACUAAUGCUUUACAGGAUUCCCUUUGAAUGAACUUAAAAAUUUCAAGUGUAUUUUUAAAUCUCUAACCUUGCAUGGAAAAUGUGGAUUAGAAAUGCUGGUUUCUGAGACUGUGUAUGCCAGCAGAAAUUAGCCUCUGGGUAUAUUUCUAAUUACUUUAUGCCCUGUUCAGCACUUUCCUUCAGUGUAACACAUGGAUUUUUUUCCUCUCUAGUCUUAAACCACAUCCCAGAUGAUGUCAAUAUAAGCUAAGGAUGUUUUCACAUUGUAUUUCCUGCUGUUAUCUUUGUAAACCAACAAUGAACAGUAAGCUCCUAAUACUUUUUAGUAUGGAAAAUGAUAGUCUUCUCUAAAAUCUGAAAAUUGAUGUCUUGAGUAUGUGAUAAUGGUGAUGUAUUCUUCUAGAUAAGCACUAAACAAAGUAUGGACCCUCAAUUUAUGUCUUUAAGAUUUAAAGUGAAGUAAAUUUCUAAGGAAUUCUGUCCUUUCCUAGCAAGGAUAAG